GCGCACACAACUUGUACAUUCUAGCUCUAUCAGUACAUAUUCUUUUUUCUUCCGAUAUUGAGACACACAUCAGAUCGAAAACACCAACAACACAAUAAACCUUCACAAUGACUUCUAGAAUGGAGUUUACAGACCGGGGCAAAAAGGCCCUGGAGGAUGCUAUGGCGCUGGCCGAGCAAUACGCCCACUCACAAUUAUUACCAGUCCACCUAGCAGUCUCUCUAUUAGACCCUCCGCCAGAUCAAUCCAAAGACCAGCAAAAUAUCCAACCAGGCACCACCAACAGCCUAUUCCGACAAGUAAUCGAGAGAGCACAUGGUGACCCUCAACUAUUCGACAGAGCACUCAAGAAGAUGUUAGUCCGUCUGCCGAGCCAAGAUCCCCCGCCAGAGAACGUGUCCAUGUCACCUUCAUUCAGCAAUGUUCUCAGGAAGGCUCAAGAGUUGCAGAGGACGCAGAAGGAUUCAUACAUCGCAGUUGACCAUCUAAUAACUGCCCUCGCCGAAGACCCAACAAUCGCCAACGCUCUCAAGGAGGCUAAUAUCCCCAAACCUAAGCUGGUCCAGGAUGCCGUCCAAACUAUUCGCGGGACGAAGAGGGUGGACUCCAAGACAGCCGAUACCGAGGAGGAGCACGAGAACCUUUCUAAAUUCACUAUCGACAUGACGGCCAUGGCAAGAGAGGGUAAGAUUGACCCUGUCAUCGGCCGAGAAGAGGAAAUCAGACGAGUUAUCCGGAUUCUGUCGCGACGAACCAAGAACAACCCGGUACUAAUCGGUGAGCCGGGUGUCGGUAAAACUACCGUCGUCGAAGGUUUGGCUCAACGAAUCGUCAACGCCGAUGUCCCCGAUAACCUUGCCGCUUGCAAGUUGCUCUCCCUCGAUGUCGGUGCUUUGGUUGCCGGCAGCAAGUAUCGUGGUGAAUUCGAAGAGAGAAUGAAGGGCGUCCUCAAGGAGAUCGAGGAAGCUAAGGAGAUGAUAGUUCUCUUUGUCGACGAAAUUCACUUACUUAUGGGCGCCGGUUCUUCGGGUGAGGGUGGCAUGGACGCUGCCAAUUUACUUAAGCCUAUGCUUGCCCGUGGACAAUUGCACUGCAUUGGUGCAACCACCCUUGCCGAAUACCGAAAGUACAUUGAAAAAGAUGCCGCUUUCGAACGACGAUUCCAGCAGGUCAUCGUCAAGGAACCCAGCAUCCCCGAGACCAUCUCUAUCCUCCGAGGUCUCAAGGAGAAGUACGAAGUUCACCACGGUGUAACUAUAUCCGAUGCCGCUCUAGUCGCUGCUGCCAACCUAGCUGGAAGAUACUUGACGUCUCGUCGUCUGCCCGACUCUGCUGUUGACUUAAUUGAUGAAGCCGCAGCAGCUGUCAGAGUCGCUCGAGAAUCUCAACCUGAAAUCAUCGACUCCCUGGAGCGCAAAUUGCGACAACUCAGGAUUGAAAUCCACGCGUUGGCACGAGAGAAGGAUGAUGCCUCAAAGGCUCGACUCCUGCAGGCUAAGCAAGACGCCGAAAACGUUGAGGAGGAGCUGAGACCUCUCCGAGAAAAGUACGAGCGUGAACGAAAGCGCGGCAAAGACAUCCAGGAGGCCAAGAUGAAACUUGACCGUCUAAAGGUCAAAAUGGAGGACGCGGCCAGAAUGGGUGACCAUGCUGCCGCUGCAGAUCUCCAGUACUACGCCAUUCCCGAACAAGAGAAAGUCAUCAAGGAACUCGAGCGCCAAAAGGCUGCCGCCGAUGCAGCUUUGAGCCAAAACGAUACUGGCGGUUCCAUGAUAACAGACGUAGUCGGACCCGAUCAAAUCAACGAAAUCGUCUCACGUUGGACUGGUAUUCCCGUUACAAGACUUAAGACUUCCGAAAAGGAGAAGCUUAUCCACAUGGAGAAGGCCCUCGGCAAGAUUGUCGUUGGACAAAAAGAAGCCGUACAGGCUGUCUCCAACGCUAUUCGGCUGCAACGAUCUGGGCUUAGCAAUCCCAACCAGCCUCCAAGCUUCCUCUUCUGUGGUCCGUCCGGAACCGGUAAGACUCUGCUGACAAAGGCUUUGGCCGAGUUCUUGUUUGAUGAUCCGAAGGCGAUGAUCCGGUUCGAUAUGUCCGAGUACCAAGAGCGUCACUCGCUAAGCCGAAUGAUUGGUGCACCACCUGGAUAUGUCGGACACGAUGCCGGUGGUCAACUCACCGAGGCCCUUCGCAGAAAGCCCUUCUCCAUCUUACUGUUUGAUGAAGUUGAAAAGGCCGCUAAGGAAAUUCUUACUGUCCUUCUGCAGCUCAUGGAUGACGGCCGUAUCACUGACGGACAAGGUCGUGUCGUCGAUGCUAGGAACUGUAUCGUCGUCAUGACUUCCAACUUGGGUGCGGAAUAUUUAUCUCGCCCAGCUGGUCGUGAUGGCAAGAUCGACGCCACAACGAGGGAUUUGGUCAUGAACGCCUUGCGCAACUACUUCUUACCAGAGUUCCUCAACCGUAUCAACUCAAUCGUCAUCUUCAACAGGCUCACCAAGCGCGAGAUUCGUAGGAUCGUCGAUCUACGUCUUGCUGAGAUCCAGAAGAGGCUUAUCGACAAUAACCGUAACGUUCGCCUCGAAGUUACGGAUGAGGUCAAGGAAUACUUGGGCAACGCUGGCUACUCACCCGCCUACGGCGCUAGGCCACUGGCUAGACUCAUCGAGAAGGAAGUUCUUAACCGCCUGGCCGUCCUCAUCCUACGCGGUGGCAUCAGGGACGGCGAAAUCGCAAGGGUGGUUAUGGCUGGCAACAAGGUCCAGGUUCUACCCAACCACACCGAUAGCGAACUUGGCGAUGGCGAUGAUGAAGACAUGCUCGUCGAUGAAGAGGACGCCGUGGAGGACGUCGUGCCCGACGGCAUGGAUGAGGAUAUCUACGAUUAAGGGAGGUCAUGAUGUUACUAGUUCAAGAUUGACGAUUGAUGAUGAAUAAUGAGCUAUUAGGGAAGGAAAGGGGGGCAGGUUAAUGUUUCUAAGGGUUAUGGAAUACAUACAUAUGGAAAGGGGGUGAGCAAAUAUGGUAUUUGCUGAAAGCAAUGGAAUUCAACACAUGGCGUUAGUAAGGCCUAUGGCGAGGAAAUUUCAGGGGUUAGCUUUAGCUUAGGUAGCUACCUACCUAACU